CUGUAGCGAGAGAGCUCAUGGCUACAAUGAAGCUGAAAAAAAAUUAUACUGACGAUAUGAAUUAGCUGAUGAUUUAGAUGGGGGAAAAGUCGAACCAAGGAGGCAGGCGAAUUUGAUAUAAUCCUACAGGAGGAAGGGCAGUUCGCUGAAACCCUGGUGUGUGUGCUGUGUGUGUGUUGGGGGUGUGUGUUCCAACGCACAAGUAAAAGCCAGAGAGCGGUGGAAGGCUUUGCUAAGCCGAUCAAGGCGGAAUUGUAGACUACAAAACGGGUUCCACGUCCGGUGUAAUACGCACAUUAUUGUGAUUGUGGGGGACGUGAAACAAGGAUGAUGCGCCUGGCCUGCUGCACUGUCCUGCUCUUCGUGCUCCGUCUCCUGGUGGGCCUGCCCUGGUUCCAAGUCCUCUCCUCCAUCCUCAUCUUCUACCUGGGCUCUGGAGGUUGGAAGUUCAUACACAUUUUUGCCAAGACCAUCGGCAGAGACGUACAUGCAGCGGGCGUCCUCAUCAAGGUGAAAUGGAACGUCAAGCGUCACCUGCGGGAACGAAAUACCCUCCCGAAGAUCUUCGCAGAGACCGUGCAUCGCCAUGGGGACAAGACAGCGCUCAUCUUUGAAGGCACCGGCGAGAAGUGGUCCUUCCGGCAGCUGGACGAGUACUCCAACCGCGUGGCCAACCUGCUGCUCCAGAGGGGCUUCGUGGAAGGGGAUGUGGUGGCUCUCUUCAUGGAAAGCCGGUCCCAGUACGUGGGCCUCUGGCUGGGCAUGGCCAAGAUUGGUGUGGAGGCGGCCCUGAUCAACUUCAACCUGAGGCUGGAGGCCUUGGUGCACUGUGUCACCAUUUCCAACGCCAAGGCUGUGGUGUUCGGCAGCGAGCUGACCAAGGCCAUGUGUGAGGUACACAGUUCCAUGGGGAAGACAGUGCAGAUGCUGUGUUCAGGGGACUGGGACCCCAAACAGGUUCCUGUGGGGACAGAGUGCCUGGAGCCUCUUCUGGACGCUGCCCCCACCCACCUGCCCAGCCGCCCAGACCGCUGCUUCACAGAUCGUCUGUUCUACAUCUACACAUCUGGGACCACUGGGAUGCCCAAAGCUGCCAUUGUGGUUCACAGCAGGUACUACCGCAUGGCAGCGUUGGUAUACUAUGGCUUCGGGAUGACGUCUGAUGACGUGAUGUACGAUUGCCUUCCACUCUACCACUCUGCAGGUAACAUAGUCGGAGUGGGGCAGUGCCUGAUCCAUGGCAUGACAGUGGUCAUCAAGAAGAAGUUCUCUGCCUCCCGGUUCUGGGAUGACUGUGCCAAGUACAACUGCACGAUUGUCCAGUACAUCGGGGAGAUCUGCCGGUACCUGUUGAACCAGCCAGUAAAGGACAUAGAGCGGCAACACCGGGUCCGCAUGGCGCUGGGUAACGGCCUGCGCCAGUCCAUCUGGGAGGAGUUUACCUCUCGCUUCAACGUGCCACAGAUAGCAGAGUUCUAUGGCGCCACAGAGUGCAACUGCAGCCUAGGCAACUUCGGCAACAUGACGGGAGCGUGCGGGUUCAACAGCCAGAUCCUCCCCUUCAUCUACCCCAUCAGACUGGUGAAGGUGGACGAAGAGACUAUGGAGCUCACUAGAGGGCCCGAUGGUGUCUGCAUCCCAUGCAAGCCUGGUGAGCCCGGCCAGUUGGUGGGUAGGAUCAUUCAGAAUGAUCCUCUGAGAAGGUUUGAUGGCUACGUGAACGAAGGAGCCACCACCAAGAAGAUCGCUAACAACGUCUUCAAGAAGGGAGACAGCGCCUAUCUGUCAGGCGAUGUCCUCAUCAUGGACCAGUAUGGCUACAUGUACUUUAAGGACCGUACUGGGGACACGUUCCGCUGGAAGGGAGAGAACGUGUCGACCACGGAAGUGGAGGGGACGUUGAGUCGUCUAUUGGACAUGAAGGACGUGGUGGUCUACGGAGUCGAGGUCCCAGGAGCUGAGGGGAAGGCUGGGAUGGCUGCUGUAGCAGAUCCAGAGAGGUCUACAGACCUGGAAAAGUUUGGGAAGGAUCUGGAGAAAGCCCUGCCGCCAUACGCACGACCCGUCUUCCUACGCUUCCUCAACGAGGUCAACAAGACAGGCACCUAUAAGUUCCAGAAGACAGAGAUGCGGCGGGAGGGUUUUGACCCAAGCAUCACGUCAAACAAACUGUACUUCCUUGACCCCAGCAGGGGGCGCUAUGUGGAGCUGCACCAGGAGCUCUACAGCAGCAUCAUCUCAGGGAAGCAGAAACUGUAAAUGUGACAUCUGAUCUGGGUACUUUUUGCCCCCCCCCCCCCCCCCCCCAGCCAAUAUACCUAAACCAUCCCUAUCCACCCCCCACACACACAGAAGCACCCCGAUACCUGAGGUCACUCCCCCCCAGAAAAACUCUAACUCCCACAACCCCCGUAUCUGCUCUCUCUAAGCCCACGCCCCUCGUUACCUCAGCAACCAGAAAGGGGCAGCUGGGUCUCAUCUGGAACACAUGACAAGCCAAUCUGACACCCUACCCCAUGAUACACCUAGAGCGACCUUUGCCCUUUGACCCCUGAGGCACUUCCCCCGACACUUCACCUGACCUGGACCAAGAGGAGUGCCCGCUGGAAGGACACAACUUGUUCGCUGAGAGGGGCAUGUGGCAUGUCUCCAGAAUGCAAAAACAUAAUAACUUACUCCAAAUCUAAAGAAAAAAAAAACGUAGUUAGAGGAACAUGAACAUGGCACAAUGAAGGAACGUGAAUUGAACAAAGGAAACACUCCUAUUGGUCUGUCGGGUUUGUCUGUCUAAUGUUGAUGAGGUCACUCCAUCUGAGGCCCAGCCUGCACAAUGCCCAGUCAGUGAACAGUGGCUUCUGUUGUGACACAAAAUGACAGAUUUAGUGGAGCGGGGUCUGCCCAUCCAUGUUAGACAUACAGUACAGCAAGCCUAGAGGCUGUAUGUCAGGGGAGGGAGAUUCACAUAUGGUUGAAACUGGGAUCCAACAUGGGCAGAUCAAUAAUCAGUCAGCCAUAAGGUGAUCUGAGAAGAAGCUGUCUAUAAUAUUGAAAUAUGUCUGCAUUACACCAAAUAUAUUUAAUUUGUAGAAUAGUGUUUACAUAUUUAACAAAAAUAAACGAUGAUGUUUAACAUCGAGUUCCUCCAUGUCCACGAUUGCGCUUAGCUUUCUCCUGACCUCCCCUUCACUACCUUAUGGGGUUCUCCUCCCCUUCACUACCUUAUGGGGUUCUCCUCCCCUUCACUACCUAAUGGGGUUCUCCUCCCCUUCACUACCUUAUGGGGUUCUCCUCCCCUUCUUCAACCAACCGCCGGCUGCUAGAACACGUAACUCACACAGUUUCAAACAUGAUUCUGAAAGUUCUGAAUCUGGGAUAGAAGAUUCUGAUUCUGGUAUAGAAGAUUCUGAUUCUGGUAUAGAAGAUUCUGAUUCUGAAAGGUUCUGAUUUAGAUGGGGAGGGUUUCUGUCAGUAUUGUGCAGGUUGGGCCUAAAUGGUAUGGCAUAGUGGAUAUUUUAAAGCCGGACAAAAAGAGCUGAAUUGAAAAGCACCAACUUCUGUCCGUCACAGUGUCGGAUUUAAUAUGAGCAGAGUAAUAUUCUGGUGCAUCAGAAGGAAUUCAACUCUCUCUCAGACUCUGGUGCAGCAAACCAAAUGAUCAAAGAGAGUUGAGAGGAAAGGGCAAAGGUUCUCUUCGUCAUCGUUGUUUGUUCUUCUUCUUCAUUGUUUCAUCUUCUUAGCAGCAUGAAUGAUCAACACAAACAGAGCACUGUGCCUUCACUGUGAGUUUACCGACUCAGAUUCACAGGCCCUGUCCCAUAACACCCUACUCCUUCACCCCUCACUCCCUUUGUCCCGUAGUCUCUCCCCGCAGUCUCUUCCCUCUCUCCCCUCAGUCUCUUCCCUCUCUCCCUACUGUCCCGUAGUCUCUUCCCUCAGUCUCUUCCCUCUCUCCCUACUGUCCCGCAGUCUCUUCCCUCUCUCCCUACUGUCCCGCAGUCUCUCCCCUCAGUCUCUUCCCUCUCUCCCUACUGUCCCGCAGUCUCUCCCCUCAGUCUCUUCCCUCUCUCCCUACUGUCCCGCAGUCUCUCCCCUCAGUCUCUUCCCUCUCUCCCUGCUGUCCCGUAGUCUCUCCCCGCAGUCUCUUACCUCUCUCCCUACUGUCCCGCAGUCUCUUCCCUCUCUCCCUACUGUCCCGUAGUCUCUCCCCUCAGUCUCUUCCCUCUCUCCCUACUGUCCCGUAGUCUCUUCCCUCUCUCCCUGCUGUCCCGUAGUCUCUCCCCACAGUCUCUUACCUCUCUCCCUACUGUCCCGUAGUCUCUUCCCUCAGUCUCUUCC